AUGGCCUCCCUUGCUGCAGCAAAUGCAGAAUUUGGCUUCAACCUGCUCAGAGAGAUGGAUAACAACAGUCAAGGGAAUGAAAAUGUGUUCUUGUCCUUUUUGAGCAUCUUCACUGCUCUGAGCCUCGUCCGCUUGGGUGCUCGAGGUGACUGUGCACAUCAAAUUGAUAAGACGCUGUACUUUAACACCGCCUCAGAACACAGAAACUCUUCUAGGAAUCAGCCAGGACUUCAGUUUCAACUGAAAAAAGUUCUCUCUGAAAUAAACUCAUCCCACAAAGACUAUGAACUCAGGAUUGCCAAUGGUCUUUUUCCAGAGAAGGAAUUUGACAUUAAUAAGAACUAUAUUGAGUGUGCUGAAAAAUUGUACAAGGCCAAAGUGGAUCGAGUUGAUUUUACAAAUGCUAUAGAAGAUGCUACAUAUAAAAUUAAUAAAUGGAUUGAAAAUGAGACACAUGGCAAAAUAAAAAAGGUGUUCAGUGACAGCAGCAUAAGCUCAUCUGCUGUCAUGGUGCUAGUGAAUGCAGUGUACUUCAAAGGCAAGUGGAAAUCAGCUUUUCUCAAGAAGGACACUGUAAAGCACCAUUUCAAAUCACCCAAGUGCUCGAAGCAAGUAGUUCCCAUGAUGCAUCAGGAACGGAGAUUCAACCUGAGCAUGAUUCAAGAUCCCUCCAUGCAGGUGCUGCAGCUCACGUAUCAUGGCGGCAUAAGCAUGUACAUCCUGCUGCCUGAGAGUGACCUGUCCCAGGUUGAAAAGGCUCUGAGCUUUAGAAAUCUCAUGAACUGGACCAGUCCAAGAAAAAUGAAAUCUCAGUAUGUGGAGGUGUUUCUUCCUAAGUUCAAGAUAGAGAAGAAAUAUGAGAUGAAACACCACUUGGAAGCCCUAGGGCUGAAAGAUAUUUUUGAUGAGUCCAAAGCUGAUCUCUCUGGCAUAGCUUCUGGAGGUCGUCUCUAUGUAUCAAAACUAAUGCACAAAUCAUAUAUUGAGGUCUCUGAGGAAGGUACUGAAGCAACUGCAGCCACUGAAAAUAACAUUGUAGAAAAGCAGCUUCCUGAGUCCAUAGUGUUUAAAGCUGAUCGCCCGUUCCUAUUUGUCAUCAGAAAGAAUAACAUUAUCUUAUUUAGUGGCAAGGUUUCUUGUCCUUGA